AUGGAAAUUCUCGGUAAUUGGACUUGUAUCGAUCAGUUAAAUUAUUGUGCUGAAGAAACAGUUCCUCCUGAUCAUGUAGCCCAUAUGACGAUAAAUCCAUGUUCAAUCAAUGAUUAUUUUGGUACAAAUUUUACAGUUCCUGUUCAACAGUUGAAUAUAGCUACUUUACCAAUAUCAUUACAAGAAACUCUAUAUCUGUACUAUGAAGAAAGAUUUCGUUCUAGUAAAGAUAGAUUAAAAGGUCAUGAUUUUCAAGCCUGA